AAAAAUGGUAAGAAGCAAUGGAUAUUUUUUACUGAAAUUUGUCCAGAAUAAUAUGCAGUAAUAUGUAUCAACUUUUUUUGUUGUGCUUUAAAAUAUUUUUAAUGUGUUUUUGUGGUGUUUUAGCUUCGUAAAAAUGCACUUUUUGAUAAAUAAAGAUUAAAUAUGCUAAAAUCUGUUUUUUUUUUUUUUUUUUUUGUACAAAAAAAUUUGGGAAGUUGUUACACCCUGGAUGAGCAAAGUUAUUAAGUUUUAGUCCAAUACAAUAAACAUAAACUAGCAUUUUUGGGAAAAAGGAAAUCCUGAACACAAGUGAUCAGAACACAACAUGUUUUGCAAUCGAAAUAUGAACCACAUUGCAUUUUGGUCUGAAAACAUCUUACAUUUGUUGUAUCAAUGUCCCUUUCAAGGAUAGGACGUGUUCCCUCAGUUAAUGCUCAAGCGAUGCCUCCCUCUAGUGGUUAAAAAGAAGCAUGUGUGGAGGAGAGGAGAACAAGAACAGCUUUUUCUUGCCACAGUCAUCUGGGGUGGAGCUUAGAUUUGUAGAGCUUCUUUUGAACAAUAUGUAUUGUGAAAGCACUAUGCAAAUAAAUCUAAAAACCAGUUCACCAGCAUUUGUUUUCAGAGUAACUGCAAACAAAAAUCUUAUGUUAAAUGGCCUGUGUAACUUGUUUAUUCAAUUUUAUUACAUACAAAAAUUAUUGGUGUAACAAGUGUCACCUGUAAUUCAUAAAUUAACAUGAUAAACUUUAAUCUUAACAUUUUAAAACCAAUUUCAGUGUUUAAUGUUUAGUUUAACAUGUUUAUAUCAGUUGGAUAUUUUAGCAAGUUUAUUUCUAAUUGAUCAUUUUUUAUAGUUCUGUUCAGCCUGCAAUCGAAAAUCUGCAGAGCUGUUUUGGUUUAUAUUGAUUAUGUUAUGUCGAUGGACUGAAAAGUCGUACCCAUUGUUUAACUCUACCACCUCUACCAGGAUUCAGUGUCCUGGUUUUCUCCCUCCCAAUAGUAUGAUUAGUGUGACCAACAUUAAUAUCACAAUCACUCAGCAAGCAUUAGUUUCACAAAUGCUUGAAGCGUACAAUGUGAACCAGUGCCAGCCUUACAGAGUAACACCUGAAGACGGAAAACAACUAGAAAACAACUAAUUCUGUGACCUUUGCUGUUCUGAUCAUCAUGAGAAUAAGCUGUGUGAAGACUUUGUUUCCAGUCCUGUCUGUUGCUAUGGUUUUUCUCUAUAUGAGCUCUGUCAAGUGGGAAAUCCAAACUCAAGAGAAGCAGCUCCACCAAGUCCAACGGAACUUCUCAUUACACAGUGCACUUCUUCUAGACAAGCUAGACAAACUGGAGGCUCAUUUAAUAGCAGUGGAAGAGAAAAGCCAUAAAAUGGGAAAUGGAAAAAAGCCAGCUAAGAAACUGUUCCCAAACUCAAAUCUCUUCAAGGAAUGGACUGUUGAACUCUCUGAGGAUGACCAGAGGAAGGCUGAGGAGCUCUUUCAGAAAUACGGCUAUAAUGCCUUCCUUAGUGACCAGUUGCCUCUGGACCGGGAGCUCCCAGACACUCGAGACCACAGAUGCAUUGGCCGUGAAUACCCCCAUAAUCUGCCCACCCUCAGCGUGGUGCUGAUUUAUCUGGAUGAGGCUCUGUCUGUCAUUCAAAGAGCCAUUUGCAGCAUCAUCAACAGAACUCCAGCCUACCUGCUUAAAGAGAUCAUACUGGUGGACGACCACAGCACAAAUGAAGAUCUGAAAACACAGCUACAUGUGUAUAUCAGCUCCAUCAAUGAGAAGCACCCAGGCCUGGUGAAGAUGGUGACCCAUUCAGAGCAGAAAGGACUUUCCCAGGCCAGAAUCUCAGGGUGGAAGGCUGCCACUGGGGAUGUGGUUGCCAUUUUGGACGCCCACAUUGAGGUCCAUGUCAAAUGGGCGGAGCCUCUGCUUGCACGUAUCCAGGCUGACCGUACGCUGGUCCUGAGCCCUGUGUUUGAUAAAGUCAAUUACAAUGACUUGCAGGUGACAAACUAUUUUGCCUCUGCUCAAGGUUUUGACUGGGCUCUCUGGUGCAUGUACGUGGGAUUCCCUCAGAAGUGGUACGAUCAAAAAGACCCUUCACAGCCAGGAAAGAGUCCUUCUGUAAUGGGAAUACUUGUGGUUGAUCGCCUGUUCUUUGGUGAGAUUGGGACUCUGGACGGAGGGAUGGAGGUGUAUGGAGGAGAGAAUGUUGAAUUAGGAAUACGGGUGUGGCUGUGUGGAGGAAGCGUAGAGAUUGUACCCUGCUCUAAAAUUGCUCACAUUGAGAGGGCACACAAACCCUACAUGGCUGAUCUUAACAAUGUCAUGAAGAGAAAUGCACUCAGAGUGGCAGAAGUUUGGAUGGAUGAAUACAAAAUAAAUGUGAACAUCGCCUGGGGUCUUCCUAUACAGAACCAUGGGAUAGACAUUGGCGAUGUAUCAGAGAGAAAGAAACUGAGAGCAAGGCUAAAUUGCAAGCCAUUUAAAUGGUAUCUGGAAAAUGUCUAUCCUGAUUUAAAUCCCGUGAAUUUAUUAGCUUAUGGAGUGCUGAUUAAUGAUCUGCAAACAAGUUUAUGUUUAGAUAAGGGUCCACUUGAGGAGAACACACCCAUUUUAUAUCCAUGUCAUUUUAUGGGAUCUCAGAUAUUUCACUAUACAGCACGUGGUGAGAUAUUUGCACAUCCUCUGCAGUCCCUUAAAAACAAUAGGAACCGCUGUCUAAUUGAUCCCGGCUCAGGCAGGUUUCCAGAGCUGUCCUGGUGUUCAGACACUGAAAAACAAAAACACAUGUACUGGGAUUUCAAACAGGGACAGGCCAUACAGAACAGAGAAACCAAACGCUGUCUGGAGAUCAGCGCUGACCAGACAGGGAAGUAUGAAAAGAACGUUUUUCUUCAGGACUGCAGAAACCAACACUGGAAGAUACAGAAUGUAAUUCAGGACUUCUGAAAUACAAUAUGUAAUCCGUUUAUAUAAACAUGGCAUGCUGGAGAAACAUCACAGAGAGAGUUAGUGGUAAAACUGUGAAUGCAGCUAUGAACUGAAAAAUAUUAGGUGCUAAAAAAAACACAAAAAAAUUAUAUGGCUGAUCAAAGUAAAAAUUUAAUUUAGAGUCAAAGAGGAUUAAGAGAAUAAUAAUGUCUUAUUGCAAUUCAAAUAGAAUCAAAUAUAAAAUAUUUAACUUGCAUGUCAUGUGACCAUUAACCGGCAUCAGAGAAUGGUGAAAAUAUCAGUGGAUACUUCAAGUAAAUAUGUUACAUCUAAGGGGUUCGGCUGACAAAAAAAAUUGGGAACCCCUGAUAAAGAGCAAGAGAGCAUAUAUUAGCCUACACAUUUGUAGUCUACAUAAUGUACAGAAAUUCUAAAAAAAAAUUUACAGUGUACUUUAUUAAAUCAAUUAUAAACCCCCUUUUCAACAUACUACGGACGGAAAUAAGUGUCAGUUUCAGUUUUUUAGAAGUAUAGUUUUAUGUAAACAUGUGAUUAAUCUCCUUCAAACAAGACUUGAGUAAUUAAAAGCCACAGUGAAUGAGGAUGGGGCAUGUUGUCACAGAAUGUCAAUGUAUAUUAAAGCAAUAGUUCAACAAAAAA